AUGUCCGCCAUGCUGUCAUCGAGCAGAUCAACAUGUUGUAGAUCAACAUGUUGUAGAUCAACAUGUUGUAGAUCAACAUGUUAUAGAUCAACAUGUUAUAGAGCAACAUGUUAUAGAUCAACAUGUUAUAGAUCAACAUGUUAUAGAGCAACAUGUUAUAGAGCAACAUGUUAUAGAGCAACAUGCUGUAGAUCGACAUGCUGUAGAUCGACAUGUUGUAGAUCGACAUGUUAUAGAUCGACAUGUUGUAGAUCGACGUGCUGUAGAUCGACAUGUUGUAGAUCGACAUGUUGUAGAUCGACAUGUUGUAGAUCGACAUGUUAUAGAUCGACAUGCUGUAGAUCGACAUGUUGUAGAUCGACAUGUUGUAGAUCGACAUGUUAUAGAUCGACAUGUCAUAGAUCGACAUGCUGUAGAUCGACAUGUUGUAGAUCGACAUGCUGUAGAUCGACAUGUUAUAGAUCAACAUGUUGUAGAUCAGACAUGUUGUAGAUCAGACAUGUUAUAGAUCAACAUGUUGUAGAUCAGACAUGUUAUAGAUCAACAUGUUGUAGAUCAGACAUGUUAUAGAUCAGACAUGUUAUAGAUCAGACAUGUUAUAGAUCAGACAUGUUGUAGAUCAGACAUGUUGUAGAUCAGACAUGUUAUAGAUCAGACAUGUUAUAGAUCAACAUGUUGUAGAUCAGACAUGUUAUAGAUCAGACAUGUUAUAGAUCAGACAUGUUGUAGAUCAGACAUGUUGUAGAUCAGACAUGUUAUAGAUCAGACAUGUUAUAGAUCAGACAUGUUAUAGAUCAGACAUGUUGUAGAUCAGACAUGUUGUAGAUCAGACAUGUUAUAGAUCAGACAUGUUAUAGAUCAACAUGUUGUAGAUCAGACAUGUUAUGGAUCAGACAUGUUAUAGAUCAACAUGUUGUAGAUCAGACAUGUUGUAGAUCAGACAUGUUGUAGAUCAGACAUGUUAUA